AUGCCGGCGCCGCCCGACUGCCCGGAGCUGCUCGCCGGCGCGAUGCGCUACAGCCUGCUGGCCGGCGGCAAGCGGCUGCGUCCCAUCCUGACGCUGGCGACAGCGGAAACCAUCGACCCGGACGGCGGCGCGGCGCGGGCGAUGCCGGCCGCCUGCGCAAUCGAGAUGAUCCACACCUACUCGCUCGUACACGACGACCUGCCGGCGAUGGACGACGACACGUUGCGGCGCGGCCGGCCUACGGUGCACGUGGAGUACGGGCAGGCCAUGGCUAUCCUGGCCGGCGACGGGCUGCUGACCGAAGCGUUUCGCGUCCUGGCGCGGUGGCCGGCGACGGACGACCCGGCGGUAGUGGACCGCAAGCUGCGCACGGUAGAGCGGGUGGCGGCGGGUGCCGGCGCCAGCGGGAUGGUGGGCGGCCAGGUGCUCGACAUCCAGCCGGCCGACCCGGCCGCGGCCAUGGCCGCGCUGCGCGCGAUGCACGAGCGGAAGACAGGUGCGCUCAUCCGCGCCGCGGCGGCGGCCGGCGCGAUCAUGGCCGGCGCAGCCAGGGAAACGAUCGCCGCGGUCGACGCCUAUGCGGCGCAUCUCGGCCUCGGGUUCCAGAUUGUCGACGACAUCCUGGACGUGGAGGGCGACGCGGCGGCGCUCGGCAAGACCGCCGGCAAGGACGCGGCCGCCGGCAAGGUCACCUAUCCGUCCAUCGUGGGGCUCGAACAGUCGCGCGUGCUGGCGGCGGGCGCCAUUGCCGACGCGCAGCAGGCGCUGCGGGUGGGCGGGCUGGGCGGCGGACGUCUCGCGGAAAUCGCCGAUUGGGUGCUCGCCAGGACCUCCUAG